AUGGCAAAUAUUCACUCUCAUCAAUCCCAUGGUAUUGCCGCCCAAGCUCUGAGCGACAUCCUAGACGAUUUCAAUAUCCCUCAUCCCACCGACGGAAACGGUCCAGGUGUCAAAUUCACAGGCACAAUUCCACCCCCACAACAAACAAAGAGCGAAAAGAUAUGCCUCUCGCUUGUCGGAGGAAUUCCAGCGCUCGCCUGCGCAGUCACCGCCGCACAAAUCUUUGAAGCACGCGGAGGCGACCAGCAAACUAUUGAAAUUGAUCUUCGUCGAGGCCAUAACUAUAUCGAUCCUGAUAUUGGUAUGACCCCUUCGCUCAAUGGACAAGAGAUAACCUUGGAUGUAGUUGCUGGAAACCCAUUCUCGAGAAAUAUCUUCGAGACACGGGAUGGGAAGUGGGCAGUCCUUAGUGCUGUGUAUGUGGAUUUAGCAUAUCAGUGGACCGCAUUACUGGAAUGUUCGAUGACGGAGAGCGGAGUUAGGGAAGCCGUGAAGAAAUUGGAUGCUUCUGAUCUCGAAACCCUAGCAGCCAAGGCUCAUAUGCCUAUGGCGAUCUGCCAGCCCGAAGUAGCCUGGACCAAUCAUCCACAGGGUUCGCACAUGGCAAAGCUCCCGAUCGUCCCUGUGAAAGAAUGGGCAGGUAACAAUAAUGACACUCAUCGUCCUAGACCUUCAGAGGCUGGUCUCCCUAGAAACACUUCACGUCCUCUUUCCGGCCUAAAAGUCAUCGCCAUCACCCAUGCCAUCGCCGGCCCAGCUACCGGCCGAACUCUUGCCGAACACGGAGCCUCAGUUCUCCAAGUGAUGUUUACCCACGGCUUUGAGCAUGCGUUCGUCUAUACAUACGCAAACCUAGGCACCGCAUCCACCCGCCUGAACCUCAACCGAGAGUCGGACCGCGCUCGCCUUUGGACACUCGUACGCGGCGCCCACGUCUGGAUCGACAGUUACCGCGAAGGAGCAAUCAGCAAGUUCGGCUUUUCUGACGACGAGAUCAGAAAAGUCAACCCGGGUAUGAUUAUCAGCCACGUUCGCUGCUACGGGACUUCUGGCCCCUGGGCGUGGAAACCCGGCUUUGACAUGCAGGGUAGCGCGUCGAGCGGGCUAAUGUAUCUCAUGGGCCAGGAAGUCGACGAUGGGCGACCGCAAUGGCCGCCUGGUAUGGUGAUUAACGAUUACACAACAGCGUAUUUUGGUGCGCUGGCGAUUAUGGGUAUUAUUUUACGCCGGUGUAAAGGUCAGAGCACCUGGAGCCAGGGGUGGAGUGUCUCACCUAGUCUUUGUGGGACGGCAAUGGGCAUCUUGAAGUUCUUUAAAACGAGUAUGCUUCCCAUUGCAGACUCAGAGGCUAGUUUUGACUCUGCCCUUCCGCCGGUAACACUGGAGAGCGAGACGCCGUUGGGGUACCUGCGGACGUUGGCGCCGCUUCCGAAUAUGAGCGUUACUCCUCUUCGCUAUGAGCAUGGUCUCCUGAUGACUAUGGGAUCCGCCAGGCCUGUUUUUCCUGGCAAGAACUUAUUGGUCAUCUUGGGGUCGCCGUGA